AAUUACCUUUGUAACUCGAUCGAGCAUUUGCUCGUUAUUGGCGUGCUUGGGAUUAUAUCUAUAGACGACGGUAAAGAGACGCGCAAAACAACGAACGCGCGACGCAAAUGGCCAUCGCAAACUUGUGGGAUUUUUUGGUGAGGGCCAUACUUCAGAAGAGAUAAAGAUUACAAAAAAAACAACUGCGUAUGCCAUCGAUAUUCCCUUCUCGGAGCAAAAUGGGUCACGUCACUGCUUGCUUGUUGUUGCUCGCAGUCUUUCAAGCUUGCAAUCCUUACGUUUGGCAAACUGCAAGAGACGAAAACAAGUUCCUGCGCAUAUUCUAUCAAGAAUUGAGGAAGAUUCCACCUCGAAGAGUCACCGCACAGAAGAUCGCGACAUACUUCUUAGAUCGCGACGACGUCCACAUUGCGAGCAUUCACCGCGGUCGAUACGCCAACUUGGGGUACCUCUACAACCCGAUGAAUUACCCAUUACGACAGGCUUCUAGCAACAUAAAAGUUCCCUAUGCUUUCCGGAAUGACCACUACAACCCGCUGAGAUCGCGAAUACACCACAAUGUUCACCCUUAUUCAGAUGACUACUACAACCAGUUACGAUCCUGGAUGCGGUACACACGUAACUUGCGCGAUCCUGACAUCAACCCUGACGACCAGUACAACAUACCACGACGAUCGCGUCUACGUCGCGCUACUAAGCGGAAAUACUUUUACGAUGUUGCGUUUCUCCUUGAUACGUCAACCUCGGUGCGUAGACGAAACUUCGAGCUGGCCAAACGCGCCUUGAUAGAAAUUACCGACCGAGGGAUGAAGAAUACUUCAUACGCAGCGAUAACCUACUCCAAGUACGCCAAACUUGAAUUUAACUUUACGCGAUAUCCGGACGCAAAGGAUAAACUCUUGAACAUCAAGUAUCGGCCUGGAAACACGAAUACACAGGAGGCACUGCACAUGGCCUUAAAGCAGUUAUUCGAGAACCCUGAAUCUAACGUUCGUAAUGAUAGCAGGCGAAGGGUUCUUCUAGUGACAGACGGGUUAUCUAAUGUGCGGAAGCAACUAACCCUCUUGCGCGCCUUUGAGUUAAAGGCGUCCGGGAUAGAAGUGUUUGUGGUGGCGGUAGGUCGGUAUAGGUACGGCAUGGAAGAGAUAGUCGGCAUGGCUAGUAGUACGCAGGCGCAUUUAUUCCGUGUCAGUAGCAUGAAUGGCUUGGUCAAGGUCAUUAAACUAAUACCAAUAGUACCCAAGAAAGCAAGAUCAUGGCUGACCAGCAUGCACUCCGAUAGUUUCCGGUACCAACAGCAGACGAGUAGGAACAAUAGGAGAUUGACUUAGGGACUGCCUACUGUUUUAAGGGCCAAAGCCAAGCGCGAGAACGAAAAGAUUGACAGUUUUAUAACCGAAUUCGUUGUUGUGCGUCCGCCGCGAAUUCAAAUCCAUUUCUCGUCCUGGGAAAAGCGCGUAGUCAAUCAUACCACCGUGGCCAAUCAAUUCCCUUGCUAUGUGCAGUCAAAUGGUUUAUGAUGAGCCAGUGAAAGCCAUCGGUUGGUUUAGACGGUUGAUUUUACUAUGCGCCAUUUCCAAAGGAAAUAAACAAUAAAUUCGGCUGUAAUGCAUUCGCGCACUGUCGAUGCCCUCCAUCUGUUAUGAGGUUUUGAUAAGAACAACGGCAAUCAAGUCGGCAGAAACAAUUGAUGGAUGGCGACUUGCACUAACAGAUCGAAUAAUUGUGUGGGUGGCAAAUUCGCGCGCGCACAGGCCCUCAUAGGCAAAAUAACAACAACAACAACAAAAACAAUUUUGCGCUUACGUCUUUGUCAGAAAGGGCUUAUUUUAAUUUAAAGAUUUUUUUGACGGGCGUUGUCAUUUUUGUGUUUAUUCCGGCUUGAAUGUGCCAACCAAAAGGUCGCGUGAUCAGUUAGGGAUGUCGUCUAUUGGAGAGGCGACACGUCGUAUUUAAUCACAAAAUAGUUAACUAAUUUCUCCAAAGCCAUAUUUCAUAUUCCAAGUAUAAAGCUCAAACUUAAUUGAGGCUGAUUACAACAAUCGUACAUAGAGCAAAGGUUUCUGGACACGACACGUCAUGUUAUCAGAUCGGGCGUGGUCAAUAGCAUUUUAACUCUCUUCUUUAAAUAGAUAGCACGUUGGCUCCUUGGAUAGCCAAGAAAGGUAGCUGUUAGAAUGAUAUAAGUCUUGUCUGCCGUCCAUAAAAACUCCGGAAUAGUAUUCCAGCAAAAGUAUAUCUGUGAGAAAUAUUGAAUAUUAUAAUUGGUUAUGCAAAAAAAAAAACAUGAAGGCUUUGGUCACAACUGUAGAUGCAACUUUUAGCACUAUUUCCAAAAUAUAAUAGGAAUGAGGGGUUGCAAGAUUAGCAAAUAGUGAAUUGAGGAGGUCGCACAUUUGUAAGAUAUUAGUACGUCAAGGUCACAUAUCAAGGGAGAAAAAAUAAAAUGUUUAAUGCUUGGAA